AUGUGGUUGUGGGUUGCUGAUAUUGAAACGGUGUUCUGGUCAGCACAACGACGUCUAGCUUGGUUAGACCAUAUCUUGCUAUCUCGUGCUGCCACAAGUCUAUUCUAUAAGAGGUCAUGUGGAUUUCCACCCAAUCGAACGGACCGAGCUUUUUUACACAUGAAAAUCGCUAUGCCAUUUCGCCCUGAGUUAUCCGAAACUCCACAACGAUACUGCUCGGAACCAAGUUUGGUAAUUGCAUGA